CAGCAGCAGCAACAGCAGCCCGCGACGGGCCAGUUGGCUCCUCGAUACGCGAUGCACGCGGGAUUCGCCGCCUCGACCGGUAUAGGACAGUUUCAGCAGCGAGCCGAGCCGAGGCAUCCGGCGAUUUACUGGCCUGGACUGCAGGGGCUGGUCAGCGAUCCGUUAGGCUGGAGGGCUCGAUUGCAUUCCCUGUCGCAACAGCUUGGCUGCCAACAGCAGGCGAUGGCCAGCGGUGGAGGUGGCGGCGGAGUCGGCCACGGCGGCGGCAGCGGCUCCGAUCACGAGCCCGGCAAAAAGAAGCACACGAGGCCGACGUUCAGCGGCCAGCAGAUCUUCGCCCUGGAGAAGACGUUCGAGCAGACCAAGUAUCUGGCGGGUCCCGAGCGGGCCAAGCUCGCCUACGCCCUCGGCAUGUCGGAAUCACAAGUGAAGGUCUGGUUUCAGAAUCGACGGACCAAGUGGCGGAAAAAGCACGCGGCCGAGAUGGCGACGGCGAAGCGACGCCAGGAGGAGGUCGAAGGCGUCGGCAGCGCCGAGCCCGAGGACCUGUGCAGCGACGACCCCGAGUCCUCGGAGGCGCCCUCGAGCCACCAGCAUCACGGGCACCAUCAGCAUCACGGCCAGCAGCAUCAGCAUCAGCAACAGCAACAUCAGCAGCAGCAUCACCACCAGAUGCUGGGCAGCAGCAACGGUGGCCUCCAGCUCACCACGGGCUCGUCCUCGGGCUCGAGCUCGUCGUCCGGCUCGUCGGCCGAAACGGCAGCCAAGCGCCUGAGACGGGAACUCGGUCAGCAGCAGUACUGAUCCAGAGGGCCGCCCUUGCCUACGUCGGACGAGCCGAGCGCGAAAAAGAGAGGCGUGGCCUCGCAAGGGAGCGAGCCGAGCACCACCCAUAUUCCUCGCGAACGAGGACGACAGAUAGAGAGAUAGAGCGGAGCGGCUACCCUCUUGUAGUCUGCGGCUUGCGCGCGCGCAACCUCGCUACACACACACACAGCUACUAUACGGGACGACGACGUGCAUUUGUACAUAUUACGCAUACCUACAUACAUAUAUAUCCAUACUUACAUAUAUACGUACCUACCUCUAGCUACCUAUACCCAGCCCCUCUCACUUUACUCACACCAACACACAUGGUUUGAUAUUAUUGCUAUAUGCACACACACACAAACACUCUCGAAAACCAUCGCACUCUACAUAGUCCCGCUGUACAUAGACCCCACCCUUUAGCUAUACUGCUUAAUUCCGCACUCAUCGUACCCAAGGCAUGCAGACUUUUUAUCGUCCUACGCUCGUCGUCCUCGUCUUCCUCGUCUUCUGAUUUUCAUAGUCUUUUCUAACUAUCGUUUCCGUCAUUAUAUUGUAAUCACGGCCAAACAAAUACGUACGCACGCCGUACGCGAGUGUGAGCUUUUUGCGUGCUUAUUACCCAUGACGCGCGUACUCGUAUGGACUGGAGCUCGCAACUUGCCUCGUUUGCUGCCGAAUCCAACACUUUUGCCAAAUUGUCCACGAGUAUCGAGAAAUCUUAUCGAGGCGAGCGACGACAUCGUAUUGUUAUUCUUCUUUGUAACGAUAUAUGCUGCAACGAAGCGGACGCGCAAGUUUAAAGAAAUAAUAAUACAAGCAAUAACGAGAUGUCAGCCUGCUCGGCUUUUUAUUUCGGCAAUUUUUAUAGCCAACACUUUUUGACGACAUGCAUACGUGAUAAAUACGAUACGACAUUUGUACAGUACCGUGUAAGUAUAGAUAGAUUAUUUAUAUAUGAAUUUUCAGUUUAUUAGGACAUGAAUGAAUGUGUUGUACAACUACUGUAAAUAACCGCUGGAAUAUACAACGAGCGAAUGGAUAAAAAAAAAUUUGUACAAAGAAAUUAUACAUACGUGUUAUUAUAAUUAUGUAAACGAUUGAAAAUAAUCCCGACGCAUCGGCUUGUGUAUUAUAUUAUUUUACCGAUUAUAUAGAUUAUAUACUGUAUAAAA